CCUGCUCACCCUGGGCCACCGGUCCUGGCGGGCGGGUCGGUGCCGGGCUGCGUGGCUCCAGCCCCAGGAGUUGGGGUCGCACUCCCCUUGGGGAGCUGCCUGCCUUCCAGAGGCCAGGCUGUCUCCUAUCUCAGCGUAGUGCUUUUGAUGUAGAAUAAAGACGAAACAGUUCUCAGAAGAUCAUCUUUAGAACACCGUAUGACUUUGGAAUCACUGUUGCUGCCUUUUCUAAGAACUGUGUGCAUAUCCACCUAACAUCUCUUCGCUGAAAUCGUACUUAGUUCUCUUGUUUCGUAAAGCCUUCAUGAUGUAUUGCUGAUCAGCUAGCAGUGCUGGACUGAGUUCAGUAGAGUAUGUAUACCUGCAACAGAUCAAAGCAAAGAGCCCCGAAAAAUGUUAGCAGGUAACAGUGAGAAUCCGGCCAGGGUAUCUUCAGGACUCCAAUGUAAAUCACUAUCUUUGGAACUUUUCAAUAUAAAGGAGCUAGGACUAAGAUCAUCCUGAUUAAUUGUUGGGAAAUGAAGGAAGGAAGAGCGUCCCCCCAGAGGACACAGCUUUCUUAGUUGAGUGUACCAGUUGCCCAGUGACCUCCACAAGGGCUUUCAUAAUCCACAGGUGGCCCGGAAACUUGAUGUGCUUCCACGGAAGCUAAAGAGUGGAGGAAGAGAGAUGCACACAUUUUUGAAGAGAUGAUCUUGAUACAUAUUCAAGACUGAACUGUCUAUUCAACAUUUUACUGUAGAGAGUGACACUGAAAAUUAGCAAAAUACCCUUUUCUACCAUCUUGUGAUUUUAAGUUUCAAAAUUUAAAUGAUUUCAUGCCUCAAAACAAAUGAGAGCAUCUCAGAAGUUCAAGUGUUAGUGUUUUUCUCUCUUAAAGUCUGCUUGGCUCCGAGGAGCUGUAACCCUGUUUCACUGCAUAAGGGAUGGGAUCAGAGAACAGUGCUUUGAAGAGCUACACGCUGAAAGAACCCCCGUUCACCUUACCCUCUGGACUGGCUGUUUAUCCUGCUGUGCUGCAAGAUGGCAAAUUUGCUUCUGUUUUCGUCUAUAAAAGAGAAAAUGAAGACAAGGUUAAUAAAGCUGCCAAGCACUUGAAGACACUUCGUCACCCUUGCUUGCUAAGGUUUUUAUCUUGCACUGUGGAAGCAGAUGGCAUUCAUCUCGUCACAGAGCGAGUGCAGCCUCUGGAAGUGGCUUUGGAAACAUUGUCUUCUGCAGAAGUCUGUGCUGGGAUCUAUGACAUACUGCUGGCUCUUAUCUUCCUUCACGACAGAGGGCACCUCACGCACAACAAUGUCUGCGUGUCCUCGGUAUUUGUGAGUGAAGAUGGGCACUGGAAACUGGGAGGCAUGGACACGGUCUGCAGUGUUCCUCAGGCCACCCCUGAGUUUCUGAGGAGUAUUCAGUCAGUAAGAGACCCAGCAUCUAUUCCGCCUGAAGAGAUGUCUCCAGAAUUCACAACUCUGCCAGAGUCUCAUGGACAUGCCCGGGAUGCCUAUUCAUUUGGGACAUUGGUGGAAAGUUUGCUCACAGUCUUAAAUGAACAGGUUUCAGCGGAUGUUCUUUCCAGUUUUCAACAGACCUUGCACUCAACUUUGCUGAAUCCCAUUCCAAAAUGUCGGCCAGCGCUCUGCACCUUACUGUCCCAUGACUUCUUCAGGAAUGAUUUCCUAGAAGUGGUGAAUUUCUUGAAAAGUUUAACAUUGAAGAGUGAAGAGGAAAAAACUGAAUUCUUCAAGUUUCUGCUGGACAGAGUCAGCUGCUUAUCAGAGGAAUUGAUAGCGUCACGGUUAGUGCCCCUUCUGCUUAAUCAGUUGGUGUUUGCAGAGCCAGUAGCUGUUAAGAGCUUUCUUCCUCAUCUGCUUGGCCCCAAAAAAGACAAUGCACAGGGAGACACCCCUUGCCUGCUCUCACCAGCCCUGUUCCAGUCGCGGGUGAUCCCCGUGCUGCUGCAGCUGUUCGAGGUCCACGAGGAGCACGUGCGGAUGGUGCUGCUGUCCCACCUGGAGGCCUACGUGGGCCACUUCUCGCAGGAGCAGCUGAAGAAAGUCAUCUUGCCUCAGGUGUUACUGGGCCUGCGCGAUACCAGUGAUUCCAUCGUGGCGAUCACUCUUCACAGCCUGGCCGUGCUGGUCUCCCUACUUGGACCAGAAGUGGUUGUGGGAGGAGAAAGAACCAAGAUCUUCAAACGCACUGCUCCAAGUUUCACUAAAACUAUUGACCUUUCCCCAGAAGGAGAUCAAUUUUCUCAUCCUAUUAAAUUUCCCAUGAAUGGAAUCUCAGAUGUGAAAAAUACCUCAGGAGAUAGCAAACACUUCCCAUUAAGCUCUAAAAGGUCUGAGGAAUGGCCUGACUGGAGUGAGCCUGAAGAGCCUGAAAACAAAACUGUCAGCUUAAAGGUUUGGCCGACAGAACCCCACGAUACUGCCAACCCCCCACUCUCUCACCAGACUGCAGAGGAGGAGACUUGGGACGACUUUGAGUCCAGCGGUUUAGAUGGUAAAAUAAACCCAGGAGAUGGAAUCACUGCUGCAAGACCUGUUACCUCAGGGGAGCAAACGGCUGUUCCUGCUCUGCUUCCACUCACCCAAGAGUCCCAGGCUUUGAAAUCAAGCCCACCCCAAAAGACUAAUCUUGCACAAAGCGGGGAUAACCCAGACCAAACCAAGCCUACAAAAGUGUUGUCACAAGAAAGGCACCUUAAAGCGCCGUCAGAACUUGGUUUAGGAGAGGAGUUUACCAUUCAAGUAAGAAAGAAGCCAGUACAAGACCCUGAGUUGGACUGGUUUGCUGACAUGAUCCCAGAAAUUAAGCCUUCAGCUGCUAUUAUUAUUUUACCUGAACUGAGGACAGAAAUGAUGGUUCCCAACAAGGAUGACAUCUCACCAAUGAUGCAGUUCUCUUCAAAAUUUGCUGCAGCAGAAAUGACUGAGGGCGAGGCUGGAGGCUGGGGAGAAGAAGGGGAGCUCAGCUGGGAAGACAGCACCUGGUGACAACGGGUGUGAAUGAAAUCUUAGGAAAAAGGAUUCCUUUUAAAAAAAAAUAUCAAACUAAUACCUCAAAAGCAGGCUCUACAGACAAGAAAACCCCAAGGCAUCCUGUUUUUCCCAUGCCAGGAGCUUCUUUUCCAGUCUGUGCCAAUUGCAGCGCGAGCCCUCGGGCACCGGCCCUGGGCGGGACCUGGUGGAGCCUGCCUUUGACUGAGGCUGGGUCUGCGAAGACCACGUGGCUGCAGGAAGGUUGGAUUUACUGCUUUUUUUCCAGGACAAUUCCAGAAGUAGAGAAAAUAAAUACAAAAAUUCAAGCUGAUUAGCUUAACUUUGUGCCAUUUCUUUAACAGUCAGAAGAGUAAGGUCUAUUGUGAAAUACAACUUACUGAAAAAAUUUUAGCUAUAAAGUAUAUAAAUGACAAAAUUGCUAAGGUUUCCUUGGGCAGCUUAUUUAUUUGUUUACAGUUGUACUAUCUGGAGUAAAUGGCCCUGCUGGGACCUGGGCGAUUACUGACUGUUCCACAUGUUAUGUUGUACCAAAGUUCUUAAUGAGAAAUAUCCCCCACAAUCCUGUUCUCUGAAUGUCCAAUAAAGCCUAUUUUAACUAGAUUCAACUUUAUAAAAGCUGUUUUAUGUGAAGAUACACAGACAUAAUUACAUCCAUUACAAAAAAUACUGCAGGGCAACAAAAAUCAUACCCAAUUCUAGUGAUCGGGUCCAUUCACGUUUCACCCUGGAGCACAAGACAUUUUAUCUUCUCAGUCCUUUCUUGGAGUGCCUCCAAU